AUGGAGCAGCAAUGCGUGGAUAUGUCUCAACCUAUGUUGACCAUGCCGAACGACUCAAUAGCAACCGGUGUUCAUACUCCCCUUCAAGGCGUUUCUAAAAAGGCUGCCCGCAACAAGAAAAUGGCAAAACAUGCGGAAUGUUCCGUGCCGAUCGAGGAAGCACUCAAAACGGAACUUACCACGAACAACAUGAAAACACCUAUAUCGGUACUGCAGGAACUGCUCAGUCGCCGUGGCAUUACACCGCAGUAUGAUCUCAUACAGGUGGAGGGAGCAGUGCACGAACCUACCUUCCGAUAUCGUGUAUCGUAUAAAGAUAAAGAUGCAAUGGGAACGGGAAAAUCCAAAAAGGAAGCCAAACAUGCUGCAGCCAAAGCACUAAUAGAGAAGCUAACUGGAUCGACUUUUAACGAUUAUCCCGGUGCCACGAACAACAUGAAAACGCCUAUAUCGGUGUUGCAGGAGCUGCUUAGCCGCCGAGGCAUUACACCGCAGUACGACUUAAUACAGGUGGAGGGAACCGUACACGAACCAGCCUUCCGGUACCGCGUGUCGUAUCAGGAUAAAGACGCAAUGGGUACGGGAAAAUCCAAAAAAGAAGCAAAACAAGCGGCUGCCAAAGCGUUGAUAGAAAAGCUGAUGGGAUCUGUGUAUUACGAUCAACAUGAUCGUACGAUCCUGAACGGUUUGAAGCACGAUGCCGCAAAUGUGCAAACCAUCGGCAACAGCCGGGUACCCACCAACGAGGAAGAACCAACGGGAAAUCCGAUCGGCUGGCUGCAGGAAAUGUGUAUGGCACGGCGAUGGCCGCCGCCAACGUACGAAACGGAAACGGAGAAAGGUCUUCCGCACGAGCGCCAGUUCACGAUAGCGUGCGUGGUACUAAAGUUCCGAGAGGUGGGCGAAGGCAAAAGCAAGAAAGUCGCCAAACGACAAGCUGCCCAAAAGAUGUGGCAACGGCUGCAGGAUCAACCGUGGGAACCGAACCAAUUGGAAGAGGACGGCAAUGAAGAGGUAUGUUUAAGGCUGACUUCUGAUGAAAUGUCUGGGGUAAAGGAUGGCUGCACACCAACACUCACGACAAGCCAGAGCCAAAAGGUGUCCCAGUUCCAUAAAGCACUUAAGUCGCGCACGGGCGAAAAUUUGCAACAGCUGCAGUCUCUUAAUAUAUACGAUCGAGCACAGGAUUUCGUCGAUAUUCUGGACGAAAUUGCUAAGGAGCAACGGUUCGAGGUGACGUACGUGGAUAUCGACGAGAAGUCAUUCAACGAUAAAUUCCAGUGUUUGGUUCAGUUGUCUACGAUGCCGGUGGCUGUGUGCUAUGGCAGCGGUACGACGGUUCCAGAAGCGCAUGCUAGAGCCGCCCAACAUUCGCUCGAGUAUCUGAGGAUAAUGACCAAAUGCUAA